GCAAUGAGGGGAGGAGGGAGGCGCGCCGCCUCACACCAAGGGCGACGCGAAGCGGCGGAGCGCGCGCUGAGUCCUCCUCUCUGCCGCCGUCCUCCAGCGGGCUCCAUCGAACUUUGUGAACGGCCGGCUCGCCACACGAGUUGCACCCAAAAGGUACCAUAGAAAUGCACUGAGGUCCGAGCAAAAACAGAGAACACUCGUUGCUUGAGGACGUCCGAGAUUUAAGGAGGAACCAUGAGGUUGCAGCAGAGGAGCCCGAGGCUGGUCGCCGCGCUGUCCUUGAUGACCUGCGUCUUUUACGCGACUACGGCCGUCGACAUCCCGCUGGAGGUUUUAGCUCAUAUAAACAUUGAGCAGCUGCCCACCAUCACGGCGCAGUCGCCCAGUCCCCUCAUCGCCUUCCCGUUCGACGAGAGCUUCCCCGUGACGUGCGAAGCCAAAGGCAACCCCGAGCCAGAAUUCACAUGGAUGAAGAAUGGCCAGGAAUUCGACCCCUCUCUGGACCCCCGCCUGAUGAAAGAGGAGAAUUCUGGGACCUUUGUGAUACCCAAUAAUGGGAACCUCACAGAGUACCAGGGAAACUAUCGCUGUUACGCCUCAAACAGAAUGGGGACGGCCAUAUCGAAGGAGAUUGAGUUCAUUGUGCCCAAUGUUCCAAAGUUCCCAAAAGAAACACUUGAACCCGUCAUGGUGGAGGAAGGCCAGGCUUUUGUUUUGCACUGCGAUCCACCGAAAGGAAUACCCCCCCUCCAGAUCUACUGGAUGACUAUCAACCUCCAGCACAUCGAGCAGGACGAGCGGGUCUCCAUGGGCCUCAACGGAGACCUCUACUUCUCCCACGCCGUGGAGAAGGACAGCAGGAGGGACUACUGCUGCUUCGCCGCCUUCUCGAAGAUACGCACCAUCGUUCAGAAGAACGCCAUGUCCGUCAUCGUGAGGACGAAAAAAAGUGGCAUGAAUCCCGAAACUGCCAAUGCGAUCCUCGAUAGAAGGCCCUCUCUUCUGACGCCCUCUGGUGUCAGAUCAGAGACGCAUCUAGUCAAAGGAGAGGACCUGCAAUGGGAGUGUAUCGCUGAGGGAUUUCCGACUCCAGGCGUGGAGUGGGUGAAGUUGGGUCAUCAACUCCCGGAUAAAGUCAAACUGGAGAAUCACGGGAAGCGGCUGAUUGUGCCCAGAGUCGACCGGGAAGAUGGCGGGAAGUACAUGUGCAAGGCGAAGAACGCGCAGGGAGAGGCCGUCCAUUACUUUACUCUGACGGUGGAAGAGCCUCCGGAGUGGGUGGUGGAGCCCGAGGGCCAGCUCAGCAUGAUCGGCUCCGACGUGCUCAUCAAGUGCUCCGCCAGCGGGGCGCCUCAGCCGAGGAUCACGUGGAGGGUGAACGGCGAGCCUCUGACGGGGGCCCCCUCAGCCAACCGGAAGGUGUUUGAUGACACCAUCGUUCUGCACAACGCCAAAGCCUCCGACAGCGCCGUCUACCAGUGCGAGGCCUCCAACAAGCACGGCACCCUCCUGUCCAACGCCAACAUCAUGAUCAUGAAUCUGCGCCCCAUGAUUCUGACCAAGGAGGGGGAGGACUACUCUGCCGUGGAGGGGAAGGGAGUGAUGAUGCACUGCUCCGUCUUCAGCUCUCCUCCUUUCACAGUCACUUGGAGCAAAGACGACUCGCCUGAAUCCGUGGAGGGGCCGAGGUUCGCCGUCCACGACAACGGGUCGCUGGAGAUCUACGGCGCCGAGAAAGAGGACGCGGGACAGUACACGUGUUUAGCCAAAAACACGGAGGGGUCGUCCGCCGUCAACGCCGGGCUCGACGUGAAAGAUCCCACCAGAGUAGAGGCGGCCCAGGAGGACCUGCAGGUCCUAAUAGGUGCCACGGCCCAGCUGUCAUGCUUCGCAGAGUACGACAAGUCCUUCAGCGACGACUUUGAGCUCCUGUGGGAGAAAGACGGCAUGACGAUAGGCCUCAACCACACCGAGAAUCCGAGAUACUUUGCGGAGGAAGGUAUCCUCCAGAUCGUUAACGUGAGCCACGGGGACCAGGGCGCGUUCACGUGCGUGGCGAGGACCCCGGUGGACCGAGACUCGGCCUCGACGCUGCUCAUGGUGCUAGACGUCCCCGAUGCACCCGAGUCCUUGGUACUGUCUGAACACAAGAGCAAGAGUGUGAAGCUGAAAUGGAUCCCCGGAGACGAUCACAACAGCUCCGUCUCAGAGUUCAUCAUCGAGUACGAGGAGAGCCAGUGGGAGCCGGGGAACUGGAAGGAGCUGCUCCGCGUGCCGGGCAACCACAACCAGGCCGUGCCCAAGCUCCACGGCCACGUGGACUACCGCUUCCGCGUGUCCGCCCUCAACGCCGUGGGGAGGGGUCGUCCCAGCGCGCCCACCGAGAGAUACAAACCCCCGCCGGCAGCUCCGGACAAGAACCCAGAAAACAUCAAAAUCGAAGGUCAAUUGCCACAUGAAAUGGAUAUCAACUGGGAGCCUUUGCUCCCCAUCGAGCACAAUGGUCCCGGUCUGGAGUACAAGGUGAGUUACAGGAGACAGGACGUGGAGGAGGACUGGAAGGAGCACAUGGUGAAGAGACACUCGUUUGUGGUGAAGAACACGCCCACCUUUGUGCCCUACGAGAUCAAGAUCCAAGCCAGGAACCACCAAGGCUGGGGCCCUGAGCCCAGGAUAGUGACAGGAUACUCAGGGGAGGACUUUCCCUCGGCUGCGCCCGACGACGUCACCGUGAAGGUGUUGAACAGCUCAGUGGCGGAGGUCAGCUGGACGCGUGUCCACAAGGACAAGUUGCACGGACAUCUGGGAGGCUACAGGGUGAACUGGUGGCGCCUGCGCAGCCUGGCAGAGUCAAAGAAAAGCCACGGAGAGAAGCACACGCUGGCGUUCCCCGGGGACCGCGCGCACGGCACGGUGCCGGGAUUAAGGCCCUUCUCCGAGUACAGCCUCAUGGUCAUGACCUUCAACGGGCGGGGCAACGGCCCUGGCAGCCACCCCCUCAUCUUCAAAACCCCAGAGGGAGUCCCGGGGAAAAAUCCUGUUUUCCGGGUCACGGGUGUCCAGAAGCACAGCAUCUUUCUGCUCUGGGCCGCGCCAUCGGAGCCUAAUGGAAUUCUCACCGGGUACCUCCUCCAGUAUCAGCUCAUCAACGACACAGAGGAGGCGGGGGCCCUGCAGACGGUGGACAUCAGCAACCCCGACACCACCACGUGGGUCCUGCGCGACCUGGAGCCCCUCAGCAAGUACAAGCUCUACCUGCGCUCCUGCACCGCCGUGGGCUGCGGGCCCGUCUCCAGCGAGGAGGGGACCACCACCCUGGAAACAAGUGAGGGGGUGUGGAAGAUAUCAGAGGCCUUAAACACCUCUCAGACCUUCCACGUCAUCGACGGGCUCGACCCCGGCACCGAGUACACUGUGCGCCUCAUUCCCAACAGCUGGCUCGAUAAAUCUAGCAUAUUUGAAGACGUUAUCACGACCGGGUUGACAGGUGUGGCCAGCAUCCACGGAGGAAUAUCCACCCGGGGCUGGUUCAUCGGCCUGAUGUGCUCCGUCGCCCUGCUCACUCUCAUUGUGCUGAUCGCGUGCUUCGUCAACAGAAACAAAGGAGGGAAGUAUUCGGUGAAAGAAAAAGAAGACCUUCACCCAGACGUUGAGUCCCAGGGCAUGAAUGACGACACGUUUUGUGAAUACAGUGACAACGACGAGAAGCCACUGAAGGGCAGCCAGCGCUCGCUGAGCAGGGAGAUCAAAGCCGGGGACAGCGGGGACAGCCUGGUGGACUACGGCGACGAGGAGGUCCAGUUCAACGAGGACGGAUCCUUCAUCGGGGAGUACGCCGGGCGGAAGGAGAAGAGGGCGUCGGCCGAGGUCAAGGCCGGCGUUCAGGCCCCGGCGUGAGGAGCGCGGCCGCCGCUCAUCCAUCAUCCGUCGUCUCCAGGGCAACGGUUUCAUCCAACCCGCCGGGGAGGGGGGGUGGGGGGCACCAGUGGGGAACAGACGUGAUCCAUUGCGAGCACACGCGUUUGGUGUCAAAUGUAAUGAGUCAUUGCCGACCGUACACUGCCACCUUCAUUUUAUACAGCUGUUUUGUCGAGUUGCAACAGAACGACCGUUACUAAAUACUGUGUGUAUAUAUAGUGCAUAUUGUAUGUGUGAGUGUCUUUUUUUUAAUAUUACACAAAAAAUGUAGAGGACUUGGAUUUUCUUUGCUUCAAAAAUAUCUCCAUUACAUCAGCUGCAGUGCUGCUUGUACAAGUGUUAGAAACACGUCUCUCUGCACAUCAUUAUAUGCAGCUUCGCCUCUCAGAUACGUGGGAAUAUCAAGUUGAUAUUUUUCAAUUGCAGCUGACUAUUACUGACCUUUUAUAUUUGAAAUGGAUUCAUUAAAUAUGAUGGAAGAUGUAUAUAAAAAGGAAGCAUAUUAACUUAUUCUAUCCAUUGGUUUUGUACCUGACUGAAUAACAAGGAAAUUUACAUAUCAAACAGCGAGUCAUUGAUCUCAUUGAUCUCCGUGUGACGUUAGACAAAAAAUGUAGCUUUUAUGUGUCUAGUUUGUUUAGCACUUAGCACAGAUCAAGUGGACAGAUUAUAUGACAGGCCUCAGUCUGUGUUUAUGAUCAACAACCCCAUGCAGAGGUUUCCAUACCAGAUACGGAUUAUCAAUUCAAUUCAGAAACUCUAAUCCAGUUGAACACUUUUAUAUCUGAAUUUGUAUUAAAUAGCACCAUUACGCUUAAAUCCAGUUUGUAGACAGAAUAUUUCACAAUGCCACUGUUAACCGAUAGCUGGAAUACUCAAAUGAAACAUUUUUUUGUCCAAGAAGUGGCCUCUUACUGUAGUAGUUUUGGGAAAUUUGCAUAUUCGCUUUUUUACGGUUUAGCGUUAAAUAUAAAGUUGCGGCUUGUGGCUGGUUAGCUAAUGGAAAUGCCCCAAAAGUGACACAAUCGGUCUAAAAAGUAUGACUAUAUCAAACUAUUCCUUGAAAGCAGUUCUCCAACCAUUUAGCAUUGUACACUAUUUUAUAAAGGGUUAAUGUGGACAUGUUUUAACACCAGAUCCUUCACUUUUCAUAAUUCAUCUUCUCAUUCAAAUUCCAAGACCCCAGUUUGUGUCGCAGUCACUCGGCGGUCUCAAAGUCCAAAAUCGGGAUAACCACUGUGACAUCAUCACCUCCGGAGCAGAACAUUUAGCGGCUCAUUUUUCCUCUGACCAGCACGCAGUGGGAUAAAUACACCGAUUUCCAUCUUCCAUUUGUGUAACGCGGCCCUUGGUGAGUGGAAAUAGACUGUAGGCACCUUUACAUCAGUCUUAACAAGCCUCACUUUGUUACUUCCAGUAUUCUGCCAUUCUAAAAACACACCUGUCGCUCAGCAGUAACAUCCGCACCGGGAACCGAUUGCAAUGUUAUGUAAAAAUUCAGCCAUUGCAUGUAAAGAAUGUCGAUUGGUGUUUUGUUUUUUCGAUGUCAUUAAAAUUGGUUUACUGUUUUUUUUACAACCCUGGUAA